CCCCCUGGAAACGGUGCGAGCGUCCACGGCGGCAGCGGCAAUAUCAGCAGUCCGGACUAGCAAUGCCGGUGGUUUGACGUCCGCGCCGCGCACUUUUCACCCGCUCUCCGCGCGUACUAUGCUCUUCUUCUAUUCUUCCUCCUUCACGUCUUUUCGCCCGUCUUUCAUCCCGACGGCCCGUUCGCGGUCCGACGACACCUCAUCCGUGCGACAUUUUUUUCCCAGUCGGACUUAACCCUUUUCCUCCCCUCUAAAUUCCCCUUGGACACCCAAACCCGUACCACUUUUGAUCCUUCGGCAUAUAAUACCUCAAUUCAAAAGUGCGCUUCUCGUUUUAAUUAUCAUAUUAUUUUUCUAUCUUUUAAAAAAUAAAAACACACACACACACACAUAUAUUAUACCGUCGUUACAUUUAUUAUUCUAUUUUUUGUACGAAAAAAUCAGAUCAACUUAAUUUAUACAACUUGUUUCAAUAUAUUAUAUAUUAUACAUAUUAUAUUAUACAUACACACACAUAUAUAUAUAUAUAUACACCAUCCUUAGUGCGGCGCGUAUAUUCAACCGACGGCCAUAGGAAAUUGAUGGGAUCUGCUGUCGUGGAUGGUACGACCGUUUCAAUGAGAAAUGGAAUCUUUAACAGAGGAUCAGAGCAGACCUGUAGAACUUUUGUCACCGUCCAGAGGAAGAAGGAAACAAGCGAAACCUCAACGGAAAAAUGCUUUACCGAUGGUAUGAUAAAGUGGAAAGCGCAGACUGUGACAUUGUAGACCGCCAACAGGAUAUGACUUUGUGUGUGGAACAAGAUGACGAAAUCAUUAUCAAUCCAGACACUAAUCACAACCAUCAGCCGCUUCUGUCUGUGGGUACCAAUUCCAAACGACAGUUCGUUGAUAGUCGUUGUCAGACGGCUGAGGAUACUAAAGAUUCUUCAACGUCGGCAAAUGAAGACUGUACGAGUAGAGACGAUGAAGAGGACAUGACGGUAAAUGACGAAGACGACGGCACAGCUACUGUUAAAGACGACGACGAAGGGGAAAGAGCGAUCAAGGACUGUGACAAAGUUCCGUUGCCCGGGAUGAGUCUGGAGGGUCUUCUCAAGGACUACCAAGACUUACACCACCAGCAGCAACAACAGCAGCAACAUUUACAAUACUGCCCGUUUUGUCGGGAAUCGUUUGACUUGGGAUCGCUAAAAGAACACUUGGACGGUGGAUGCCGAGCCCGACCGCCUUCGCCUCCUUCAACCACGGUUGCAAUAGCCGGCCAAUACGGGUGCUUGCAGUGCAACGCUGUUUUUGGCAGUCGUGACCUUCUUGAAAAACAUGAACUGCUCCACUCGCCCAACGCCCAAGUGUCUUGUAAGGUGUGCAACAAGACGUUCGCCAACGUUUACCGCCUCCAAAGGCACAUGAUAAGUCACGAUGAAAGCGCAGUGCUGCGCAAGUUCAAAUGUCCAGAAUGCGAAAAAGCGUUCAAGUUUAAACAUCAUCUCAAGGAACACAUUCGCAUCCAUAGUGGAGAAAAACCGUUCGAGUGCUCCAACUGCGGUAAACGGUUCUCGCAUUCCGGAUCGUAUUCUAGUCAUAUGACAUCCAAGAAGUGUCUGAUCAUAAAUUUAAAAAUGGGAGGCCGUGGGUCUCAAGCCAACAACCGGAACGCCGCUCACCAUCAACCAAGCAACGGUUAUCCAGGAAAGCGUCCAGUUCCUAACAACAAUAACAACAACAGCAGCAAUCACAACAACAACAGUAUUGGCUCCAGCGGCAAUUCGUUCUCGCCCCUGCUGCCAUCUUCGACGUCCAAGUACGAGUUACAAGCGGUACAGCAAAGUCCAUCACAAGCGCAAUCGCUUACACAACAGUCAUUCUAUCACACACAACCGAAAACUUCCGCGGCCGCCAUCUACUUCCCGGGACUGUUCAACACUCAGAGCAAGUUCAACAUACACGAUCUUCUACAGCCAUCGUUGAUGCAGUCGGCGAUGAUCAAGCAAGCACAGGAACAAGAACAGGAACAGGAACAGGAUCAGGAACAAGAUCAAGAAAAACAACAGCAAGACGAUUGCUGUAGCGGCGACGACAAGAAUAACAAGACGAAAGACGACCGCGAGCACAAUAAGGAGCACGAGAGUGGCGGCGAUGACUUCAACGAAGAGGACGAGGCCGACGACGACGACGAAGACAAGUACGACAACGUGAUAGACGUGGUGAGCGUGGUGAAGAAAGAAAGCGAAGACGGCGGUGCCGAGGACGAGGACGCGGCCGGCGAAGCAGACGCGGCGGUCAAGAAACUCUUGGAGACGGUCAACGUGUCGGCGGUCACCAAACAGCUGAUGAUGGCCAACGCCGCGGCCGCCGCAGCGGCUGCGCUGCACCACCAGCAGCACCAGCCGCCGCCGUCUUGCGGUUCGUCGGGCGGUUGCCCCAGCGUGACUAGCGAUUCGCCGCCGUACCACCACGGCUACAGCAUGUACCCCAAUCACAACAACCAUCACCACCUACUCAAUCACAGGGCCGAAGGGCUGGUCGUCAAGGCGGACUACUCGGCGGCCGCCAGUUCCGAGGCGUGCAAAACGACCAUCAACAACAACAACAUCAACAACGGUUACGACGCCGGCAGCGACUGUUACACCGACGACGAGCACAGGCCGUGCACCACCGAGGAGGAAGACUCCGUGGACCAGGACGGCCGGAAGAUCCGCGUCCGGUCGCAGAUAGCCGACGACCAGCUGGCCGUGUUGAAGGAGUGCUACGCGGCCAACCCGCGGCCGAAGCGAGAGGAACUGAGCCGGAUCGCCGACCGGAUCGGGUUCAACGUGCGCGUGGUCCAGGUGUGGUUCCAGAACAACCGGGCCCGCGAUCGGCGCGAGGGCCGCCUGGUGCACAUGCCGUACUCGCCCGCGUCCGCCGCCGCCCACGCCGCGACCGUCCCGAGCGCCGAACAACCGCUCGACCUGUCCACGAAGCGGGGCCGCCGGGACGACGAGUGCAACAGCGGCCGCGGUGCCGCGAGCAACGUCACAAUGACCAACAAGUGUACCAUACAGUUCAAAUGUUGGACCGCCAACAACCGGGACGAUUGCAGUUCGUCGCCGCCCGCGUCCGUGUUGCAACCGCUGCAGCAGCAUUGUCGCAAAACGUUUUUGGGAGGUGCGUACCCGCCGCCGUCGCCUACCUGCGCGGCACCGCCUCUGCCGCCGCCUUCGUCCCAUCUACACCAUCCCGCGUCCCAUUCGCCGAUACCGGCUGUCGCGCUCCGGCACAACGGCAGCUCGAGUCCUGCGUCCGAGAAACGUUCGUGGAAGAGAGAAUACGGAGACUGGAGCGACAUGACGGACGAAGCCGAAGAUUCGGGAUGUACGUCCCAAGAUCCGGACGACGCUGUGUCAACCGGUGGCGAGGCAGGCGUCCUGCACAACAACAACAAUAAUAACAACAAAAACAACAACCACAACACUAGUAAUGGAGCGAUGGCGGCCGCAGUCGGUUCGCCCAGCAAAAAGUCCAAGCCUUCGCCCGUGGAAUCCACUGAAGUACCAGAUCAAAGACCGCACAAGUGCGACGUUUGCCCAAAAGCGUUCAAACACAAACACCAUCUGACCGAGCACAAGAGACUACACAGCGGUGAGAAACCGUUCCAGUGUUCUAAAUGCAUGAAACGGUUCUCGCAUUCGGGUUCGUACAGCCAGCACAUGAACCACCGAUUCUCGUACUGCAAACCGUACAGAGAGUAAAUUCGACAGAUCUACCCAAAACAAACAGUAUAUAUAAUUAAUAAUAAUAUAUAAUAUGUGUAUGGUGUAUAUAUUUCACCGCUUUAUUAUUAUCUAAUAUAAUUAUAACAUAAUAAUAACUACUACUACUACUACUACUACUACUACUACUACUAUUACUUAUACUACUACUACUACAUACUACUACUACUAUUUAAUUAUUACUACUAUUUCUACCUUUCGCCUCGAUUUUUGACGAUUUUUGUUUUUAGUUUUUUUUUUCAAUAUUCUUAGAUUUUUUUUUGUAACGCCCAUCCCCUUUUUUAUUCGUUUUGAAAACAAUAAAAAAAAUAUUGUAAAAAAAAGAAAAAACUAACGCAAUAUGUAUUUUUAAAAAAGGGUCAACGUAUAUAUAUAUAUAUAUAAAUGUGAAAAAUAUAAAUUAAUAUAUAUAUAUGUAUAUAAUAAUCGAGACAAUAAUUUUUCGGGUUGUUCGACACACUCCGCUCUGAAAUAUAUAUAUAUAUGUGUACAAUAAUAUAUAUAAAGUGAUGUGUUUUAGCCGUUAUCAUUCUGAAUUUAUAUUUUUAUAUAAAUGUUAAUUAUAUAGUAUAAAUAUUGUAUAAAGUUUGGCAAAAAAAAAAAAUUAUUUAUAAGUAUACAUGUUUUGCGUUUAAUAUUAUGUAUGAUUAAUGAUACCACGAGAGACAAUAACUAAAGUAAAUGAAAUAAUUUUUCAACUUUGUAAAUAGGUCAGUUUUCUAGUGUGUGUGAUUUUUUCCGUGAGAUAUUAAUAUAUUUGUGUACAAAAAAAUUCUUAUUAUUAUUACUAUAAUUAUAUAAUAUGCAAAUUAAUAACAAAAAAAUUUCAAAAAAAAAAAAAUCAAUUUACAAUUGAUAUAUAUAUUCAUAUACGAUAUACAAAACAUAUGCCUCUAUUUAUUAUGUAUAUAAUUAUAUGUAUAAUAAUACUGACUUUCGAUUCUCAUGUGUAAUGCUGUAUAUUGUUAUCGAUUCAAAUAUUUAUAUAUACGCAUGCUAAAAAAAUCAGCGGCGAUUUUUACUAAACCUUCUUAUUAGAUAUGUAAAUUACUUGUCAAAAUCAAAAAACAACGAAAAAAAAAAACAAAAAAAAACCAUUUUUAAUAUUUCCCGCUUAUAUAUAUAUACAUAUUAUAUUAUAUAGUAUUGUUAGUAAUCGUCCGUUACAUUUUGUUCAAUAUUUAUUCAUUGGUAUUAAAAAUUUAGUACCUAUAUAUUAUAUUAUUAUUGUAUAGGUAUAUAUAAAUAGUAUAUUAUAAAUUUGUUAAAUCGACUUAAUCCUCUCUAAAGUUAAAAUAGUUAUAACUUUUUAAUAAUAUAUAUAUACAGAUUAUAUAUUAUUAGCUUAAAGGUUUUAUUUAUCGCGUAUAUAUAUACAACACCAGUCACUCACAACAACCCUCCUCGCUGAAUUCAAAUUAUGUACAGUUCUAAUUUUAUUUUCGACCAUCGAUGUGGACGCAUAACUAUCUGUUUAUAAACAUAUAAUAUAACUAUAGUGUAUUUAUACAUCACACAUCAUAUUUCGAUCGUUUUCCGAAAUUUUCGUUUGUACUUACAUCAUGCAGUCCCGCGUCAUAUUAACUAUUUUAUUAUUAUGAUAUUAUAUAUACUAAGUAGUAUUAUAAUAUUAUCUAUUUCAAACGACGACGGCAGUAGUAUUAAUAUUAUGUAUGUAUAUAUAUAUUAUACUCAUUUCGUGCAUUUGCUUAACGUCAUUUUAUUUCAAGUUUUGUGGGAUUAAUUUUUGCUAAGGGUCGAUGAUUAUUAUUAUUAUUAUUAUUAUUUUUAUUAUUAUAUUUGAUCGGUGAGAAAAAUGAUACAUUUUUUUUAACCGACAAAUUAUGUGAAUUCAACGUGCCUAAAUAAUUAUAUUUUUCAGUAUUUUAUUAAUUUAUUAAAUAAUAAAAAUAUUUAUAAAAUACGCCGUGAGCGAAAAAAAAAAUUGUAAAUAAAAUUAUAUAUACAUUUAAGGUUUGUGUGUAGAAAAUACGAUUUUUUUUUUUAGUUUUAAAAUUGGGCUAGAUUGACCAAAGAUAAUUAAGGAAAUAUGUUUAAUCUUAAGCAUUCGUGAAAUUGUUUUACAUUAUAUACAUACCUAUAUGUAAUAUGUAUGUAUAUUAUACAUUACAUAACUUAAAUCAUGUAAGUACGUUUUCCGUAUAUUUUUUUUCGACUUUUAUUUUGUGCAAUGUGUUUUAUUCUUUUAUUAUUAUAUAUACUUUUUCUUUAUUUAAGUUAAUAUAUGAUAUUUUAUGAUGUAUGCUUUUUUUACGGUAUCUAUGUUUUUUUUUUUUUUGGUUAUUUAGUUUAUUUUGGUUAUUGUGAUUUUUUUUCGACAAUUUUAUUUUACAUUUUUCAAAGAUUUUUCAAUAUAACGUAUAAUAUAGGCAUAUACCUAUAUAAUUAUUA